GUGUGAUUUAGGGUAGAGGGAGGCUGCCAAGCGCUUGGGAGAAGCCGGGGGCCCCACGCUUGGCCCCGCCCAAGUAACGCUGCCUUCCGGACUUUGUUAACUUGCGCGCGCAGUGACGCCGACUCUGCCGCGGGGAGGGUCCGACCCCUCACAAGGAGGGGCCGCGCGCGUUGAUGUGACGUUGCUGUGCGCGCCGUCCUCGUUGCCGGGCAGCGAUGGCGGCUACUCCGGAGUCCUCGCUGGAGGACCCACUGCGGAGCUUUGUGCGAGUUUUGGAGAAGCGGGAUGGUACGGUGCUACGACUACAGCAGUAUGGCUCCGGCGGCGUGGGUUGCGUUGUUUGGGACGCUGCCAUUGUCCUUUCUAAAUACCUGGAAACUCCCGAGUUUUCUGGCGACGGGGCCCACGCGCUGAGCCGGCGGUCGGUGCUGGAGCUGGGUUCGGGCACCGGGGCCGUGGGGCUCAUGGCCGCUACCCUCGGGGCUGAUGUUGUAGUCACCGAUCUUGAGGAAUUGCAAGACUUACUGAAGAUGAAUAUUAAUAUGAACAAGCAUCUUGUCACUGGUUCUGUUCAAGCCAAGGUACUGAAAUGGGGGGAAGAAAUAGAAGACUUUCCUUCUCCACCCGACUACAUACUGAUGGCGGACUGCAUAUACUAUGAAGAGUCUUUGGAGCCAUUGCUGAAAACUCUAAAAGAUAUCAGUGGAUUUGAGACUUGUAUUAUAUGUUGUUAUGAACAACGAACAAUGGGAAAAAAUCCAGAAAUUGAGAAAAAAUAUUUUGAGCUCCUUCAGCUAGACUUUGACUUUGAAAAAAUUCCUUUGGAAAAACAUGAUGAAGAGUAUCGAAGUGAAGAUAUUCAUAUUAUAUACAUCAGAAAGAAAAAAUCGAGAUGGGGUUUUACCAUGUUGUCCAGGCUGGUCUUGCACUCCUGGACUCACGAUCUGCCUGCCUCAGCCUCCCAAAUCCUUGGGAUUACAGAAAUUUCCAUCAUGAAGCCUUUAGUCAUUUUACCCAAGCCUCUAACAACCUGGGUAAGCUAAAGAUGUGAAUGGAGCAUGUGAAUACAGCAUGGGAAGAUUGGUUCACAGAUUUUUUCCAGCACAUCCUUAGAGAUCUGAUGUAUAGAUGACAACCACCGUGGGCUGCCUGCAAUAUGAAAAAUGCCUGCCUGCCUGCCUGCCAGUGGCCCUGAAUCCAGCUUAGGUUACUUAGUUCAGCAUCAAGUUCUGUUUAAAAUAAAUAUUGGGAAUCAGUUGUUCAAAUAAAAAUUGGUAUUGAGGUGAGGCUAAAAUCUGCCAAAAACAGUGAAUCACCAUGGUUGACUUGACUUUUUACAGGAAACUAGAGAUAAAUUUUUAAAGAGAACUAUCUACUAUUGUAUAAUAGUGUAUUAAAUUCAAACCGGUAAAUUUUAGUUUGUCUUCAAAAUUGUAAAGGUUUUCAUUUUGUACAUAAUUAUGCAGUAUUUAUCAUUUGUAUCUUCCAUUUCAUUUCUUUUAAAACGUCUUUAAUACUUAAGUGUUCUUUUAAUUUUAAAAAGAACUGAGAUAUUGUGUUGUCUACUUACAUUGGCCAAAGUUCUGUUCUUUUUCUUGCAAUAAAUAUCUAUGUGAUUUAAUCAGUAAAUUAUACUGUAAUGAGUUGCUCAGAAGACAAAUCAGAAUAUUGGAGAAACAAAAGACAUCUUUACAGAUUUUUCAUUUAAGUGGAGUGAGAUUAGAAAGACCAGCUUAAGGCUUGAGUACUUACCUGGCUCAUGCAUGUUGCUUUAUGUAUAUGUUCCAGGAAAAUCUGGCUUAAAAAUACUGGCAUUAACUUGUUUACUUGAAACAGUGAAAGGUUUUUGAAUAACUACAAAUGUAGUUCUAUAUGUAUAUACCAAAUGAAUUUUUAUUUUGUGUCUCUCUCUUUUAUGUUAUCAUGAAGCCAUUUGCUCUUAUACAGUAAUCUGUCAAGGACUUUAAUCAUACCUAUUCCAAAGAGUAGUAACCGGAUGGAAUUCUGGUAUUUACAGGUAUUGGUGCUAGAUGGUACAUUUUAUGUGUUAAAAUAAACAUUGUUUUUGAGA